AUGUUCCCAGCUGGAGUUAUUGCCGUUUUGGUCAUCGUUGGUGUUAUUGCCAUCUCUAUGUUCUCUUACUUCACCAACAAGAAGCUUAAGGCAAGAAAGUCGAAGCAUGCAGGCCUGUCUCGGGCUUUAGGUCAGCUUUUACGAACUUUGCGAAAGCAUGAAGAAAAACGAGCAUUUGAUAUUAUUGAAAGUCGUUUCCUCGUUUUAAGUGAUACCAGGAAGAUGCAUGUGUUAGAAGUCAGUGCUUGUUUAAUUGAGUAUGCAAGCUUUUGGCUGUUGGCUUAUGUUUCUUCCGUUUUAGCUGAUUCUAAGGUUGAGGCAACCCUUCUUAAUGCCGAUGCCGCCGUAAAAUCGGGGGGAAAAAAGCGUAUUCUUGCUGAUCAUUGGAACGCCUCAAAGGCAGGUAGCGCAGAGACAUUUUUCAGCGCCAUAAAUGAAGGGGAUUGGUAUAAUGUCGCAGGAGAAAGAGAGCGCUUGGGGUUAUGCAGGCAAAAGUUGGUUGCGCUUAUCAAGCCGGCGCGGCAUGAGGUCCGUGUGCGCAGAAGCCCCAGAAAGGCGCUGGGAGAAAUGAGUGGACAAAUCUCUCUUUCCCUUUUGGUGUCUACGAUACCUAAACAAGAACCAGCGCUCACAAAGGAGGAGCCAGGUAGUGUGGCAAACAGUAAUGGCGGCGCCGGAGUGGACUCUGGCGCCGUUGCCGGGGCGGCUACCGGCGAACAGAGUAACGCAGGCGGGGAUGCGGGCGCUGAGGACGCAGAAAGCAAAGCCAGCGCCAGCGGCCACGAGAACGACGGCACCAACGCGCAGGAGAAGUCGGGAAACAAGCGCGAGAGGAGAAAAAUCGAAAUUAAGUUCAUCCAGGAAAAAUCAAGGCGUCACAUCACUUUCUCAAAAAGAAAAGCCGGAAUCAUGAAAAAGGCAUACGAACUUUCUGUGCUUACGGGAACGCAAGUGUUACUUUUGGUUGUGAGUGAAACCGGUUUGGUUUAUACAUUUACAACUCCUAAAUUGCAACCUUUAGUUACGCGCCCGGAGGGAAAGAACUUGAUUCAGGCAUGCCUUAAUGCGCCAGAGGAGCCUACGCCGGAAGAGGAGGAGCAGCAGGCGCAGGCACAAGCGCAAGCACAGGCGCAGGCCCAGCAGCAGCAGCAACAACAACAGCAGAUGCCGCAGGCGCAGGUCCCACAGGGUGCGCAGGCGCCACAGCAGCCGCAGAUGCCCGGCCAGCAGCAAGGCCCGCACCCGCAGUCGCAACUCCCUCCGCCUCCGCACCAGGGGCAAUACAACGUGCCUCCACAGAUGGCCGGCGGCUAUUUGAAUCCAAACGACCAGGGAAACUACUAUAUGGGCUUCGGGGGUAAUCAGGGCUACAAUUAG